UUACUUAAUUUUCCGCCUCGGCCCCUUCCGUCAGUUGGCACAAAUUCUUUGCCCCUUCGGUUCUCUCUGACCGGAUUUCUGAGCCAGUUCCGCCCGCGGCUUCAGAUCGAAACCCUAAUUAGUGCAAAAACCCUAACCUUGUCCCACGCGAUCGGGAUACUACGGGGGAGGAGAUGUGAUUCGGUGAGGGAUUGUCGCGCAAUCCGCAGAGGUACCGUGGGUUUUCCCCCUUAAUCCGUGCAAGAAUUUUCUAGGGUUUCUUCCUCGGCCGGGGAUUUCGCACAUGAAGGACUCGUUUGAUCGGACGAAGGUCGUGCUCCGGCACCUUCCGCCGUCGAUCUCUCAGUCGGCGCUGAUGGAGCAGAUCGACGGGAGGUUUGCCGGCCGCUACGACUGGGCGUGCUUCCGCCCCGGGAAGGCCAGUCACAAAAAUCAGAGAUAUUCUCGAGCCUACCUUAAUUUUAAGCGACUGGAAGAUGUGGUCGAGUUUGCUGAGUUAUUUGAUGGACACAUCUUUGUCAAUGAGAAGGGUGCUCAAUUUAAGGCGCUUGUAGAAUAUGCACCUUCACAACGUGUUCCAAAGCCAUGGCCCAAGAAGGAUGGCCGUGAAGGGACUAUAUCCAAGGAUCCCGAAUAUCUGGAGUUUCUUGAGCUUCUUUCGAAGCCUGAACAUCUUCCAAGUGCUGAGAUUCAGCUGGAAAGAAAAGAAGCAGAAAGAGCAGGUGCUCCAAAGGAGACACCCAUAGUCACACCUUUGAUGGAUUUUGUUCGACAAAAAAGAGCUGCCAAGAGUGGUAUUCAGAGAUUGCCUGGUAAUGGAAAACUUAGCAAAAGAGCUGGGGGAGUUUCUAAACGAGGUUCUGACAAGCGAAGAUUGUCCACUUCAAUGUAUGUACUGAGGGAUAAUACCAAGAAUGGGGGUGCCAAAGACAAACCAACAUACAUUUUAGUGUCAAGGAGAGAAGACCAGCAACUUCCAGAUAAACCUAUUUCUGUAGCUUCUUCAAGUGGUACAGAAGCAUUAGAAGAUGAAUUUGUGUCUGGCUCAAGUGGAUCAACCUCUUUUCCUGUUGAAGCUGGGAAGAGCAAAAUUAUGCUUUUGAAAGGGAAGGGGAGAGAAGGUUCUCAUGCAUCUGGUGGCUUAGUGCAGCAGCAGAAUUUAACAUCACUAAGAAGCUCACCUACCUCGACUUCUAAACAGAGCCGGAGACUCGAGUCUAGUGGGAGAAUAAUUAGAGGCAUACUUUCUAAGGAAGCACGUCAGACUCAGUCAUAUACUGUUUCUUCCCAGCCUGAGCAGCAGAUGCAGACAGCCAACGUGGAGAAGGACAAGCGCCCCCCUCGCCCCCCCAGUGCACGCUCAAUUUCGAGAGAUCAUGUUUCUAGUAGUUCUCCACUUCCAUCUGUCUCUGACGGUGAUGAUAAAAGAUAUAUAGACGAUAAGGUUGCUGCAGGCUACAAGCAUGGUUCUGUAUCCAUUAGUGACAAGCAUGAUAGGCGUACUAGGAAUAAAGAUAGACCUGAUCGUGGUGUCUGGGCCCCUCUUCGUCGCUCGGACAGAUCUCAAUCAAAUGAUGGAACUCAUUCUUCAUCUCCUGAACCUGCGUUAAUUUUGGCGGAUUCUUUAGAAGAUGUCUCUAUUUCUCAACAAGCAGCUGGUAUCAGACUAGCAGAUGAUGGAGUAGUGGUUCAGAAUGCUCAUGUAGGACGUGGCAGCAGUUCACUGGCUGAUCAUGGCAUGCAACUGGGUCAAGGGGAGAGAAAAUCUGAUUCACUUAGUGCAAGCAGAACUGAAGAAAUGAAAAGUCAUGGAGGUGGACGAGUCAGUCUUUUUGUAGUAGAAAAUGGUUCACAUAGGCAUGCUGGUCGCCGAGGACCUGUGCGUGGUUCAAAGGAUGCGGAGAGCUCUUCGAGUAUAUCUGAGGGGAAACAUUCCAAGAGGGGUUCUUCUGGCUUUGGUUCCCAUGAGAGACAAGUAUGGGUUCAGAAGUCGGGUUCAGCUUCAUAAAUUUUCUAUUGAAUUAUAUACACUGGUGCAACUUGUAUCAAACUGUGGAAGCAUUUUGGUUUCGCUACUGAGUCUUCUCCAUCCAUUUUGGAUCACGCAAGGUACCAUAACCUGUUUGGUACGUGCUGUUGGAGUGUGCCAUUGCCAAAUUGUUCCCAUUACAAAUUGCAGAUCCAGUCACGUCAAGAGCAGCAUGAUUGUUUAUUGCUAGUGAAUUAUGCUCUACUUGGAGGGAAAUCUGGGUUAAUUAGGUGGAAUUUUAAAGUUAUCCCCGUAGAUAGUAGUUAUAUGACAGUGCCUGUGAUUAUCUGUUUGAAGUUGGAGUACCUCAUUCUAUCCGCAAGCAAUGAAGGAAUCUUCGUGGGCUAGAUAUUUUGGCACGGGUCGUGAAACAAGUCUAGCCUCAGAGUCGUCAAACAGAAUUCUUCUCAAGCAUCUUUGGCCGAGGAACCAGGAGGCUGUGUUGCGUGAAGGUGCUUGGCGGAGAUGUAAAUAUAUUUGGAGAAGGGUUGAAUGCAGCUUUUACCACUGUCUGCUUUGGGUGUGAAAACAAUAUAUGAAAUCAUAUAGCCGUGGAAUUUGGUCAAGCAAAUAAAAGUUGGUUUUGUAAUAGUUGGAAAUUCAGUGUCAUCCACUGAAGCAUUGGGCAAACCAGCUGGCUGGAGAGGAGAGCUGGGAAUGUAGCUAAAGGAAUGGAUUGGGUUAUCGGCCAAGUCCUCUAUUGUGUGAAUGCUUUGAAUAUUGUUUGUUAUAUAUAUGACCCAGAUGCAGGUGUUCUCUUGUGCCUUUUUCCUGUCUGUGAUUCCUACCAUAAUAGAUGUGUUUGCUUGAGUAUUCA